UUCAUUCACAUCUAUCUUUCGUUUCUUCGAUUUCAUCAAUCAACGAUGCUUCCCGGAGUCGAGCUUGCUCGCCGGAGAAGGGUUCACCACCACCACUACGACCUCCCCCGGCGAGCUCCAGCCGAUCCCAAGCCGGUGAGAUAUGCGGCGACAGCACCGACGCCGCCCGAUCGGUCGGACAUGGACGAGCCUGCUCUUCUCGCCCGCGCUCGCCUCGAGGAAAAGCUCCGGCGUUUCUCCGGCCCUCCUAGAUGGAAGAAUAAUAAUAAAGCAGAAGUGAGGAAUGAAAGAGUAGAAAGAGAAGCAGAAAGAAAUAGUAGUGAAGAUCAGAAAGUAGGAAGCACAAGUUUGGUGAUGUUAAAGAGAAGAGAUUCAAGAGUGAAUGUUUGUGCAGUGUGUUUGGAUGAAGUAGAGAUGUUGAGGAGUAGUGUGCAAAGGAUUUAUAAGAAGAAAGAGAUCAUUAAGUUACCAUGCUCUCAUAUAUACCAUUCUGAUUGCCUCCUCCCUUGGCUUGCCAACAACUCUCAUUGCCCUUGUUGUAGAACCAUUGUUCCAUCUUCCUUUAUUCUUUGAUCUUUAUUUUAUAUAGAUAUAUAUAUCUUCUGUGUU